AAUCACUGUAUGCUUUAAAUUUCCGGUUAUGUGCUUGGACUGGGAUUAGUUUCGGUUUGCGAUGAAAAUGUAAAGAAGAUUAAAACGUUGGAGAAAUGUCGGCAUUGAAACAAGGAGUUCCUGUAAUUCCAACAGAAGAACCAUUUGGUAACAUCAAAGAUGGCAGACAAGUUAAAAGAUUCACUUUUACCAACAAGAACAACGUCACCGUCAGAAUCAUCAGUUAUGGAGCUACUAUAACUGAUAUUCUAGUGCCGGACCAAAACGGAAGGAUUGAUGAUAUUUGUCUGGGAUUUGAUACGGCAGAAGAAUAUGAAAACAAACAUUCCUACAUCGGAGCCGCUCUUGGUCGUGUUGCCGAACGGUUAAAGGAGGCACGUUUUACUAUAGAUGGUGUUGAAUACAAUGUGUCGGCAAACAAUGGACAGAACCAGCUCCAUGGAGGGUUUUCUGGAUUUGAUUCUAAAUUAUUUGCUGCCAAAAUUGAAGGGGACAAAGUUGUGAUGACUUACGUAAGUCCAGACGGAGAGGAGGGCUUCCCAGGGGAGCUUACUUCUAUUUUUACCUUCCAGUUGACCAAUGAAAACGAAUUUGUUCUUGGUUAUUCAGCACAGACAACCAAAAUAACCCCAGUCAAUCUGUCCAACCAUGUUUACUUCAAUCUGGAGGGACAUAAAACAGGCAAAAACGGCGACCACAUGAUUACAGCUUAUUCCGAUAAAUAUGUACCGGUUGACGAGGCUUUUAUUCCCAUAGGUGAGGGUGAAAUAGCAACUGUCAAUGGAACCCAUUUUGAUUUAAGGGAGCCCACACUAGUGAGGGAUUUUAUUAAAGACCUCAUAGUUUCAUUUUGUGUAUUUGGCGAUCGAGGGAAGAUGAAACAUGUUGCAAAACUUGAGAACCUAGGAAAUGGUCGUUACAUCGACGUAUACACAACAGAACCAGGGUUAGAGGUGUAUUUCUCCUCCCACAUGAAGCCAAAGCUCAGUGGAAAAGAUGGAGCAGUUUAUGGGCCAUUUGAAGGUGGAGGUGUCUGCCUCAUGCCAAUGCAAUUAACUAGCGGUGUGAACAUGCCAAAUUUUCCCGAUACUCUACUGCGACCUGGAGAAACCUACACACAUACAACAAUUUAUAAAUUUGGACAGUGGUCAGCGAUUGAUUAAAAUGAUGUAUCGCUAUUUGCAAUUUACAUGUUUGUAUACGUGCACGUUUUAGGGAUGACGUGUGGGUUAUAGCAACGUAUUUUAUGAUCCGUCAAAAUGGGAAGGGCAUUGGCUCAUUUACAGCAAUGACCGAGAAAUCUGUAAUAUUUAUGCCAUAAUGCAAGUCGUAUAGUCACGGAACCUACUGGUGACGUAGCUGAAUUAAGGUUUAGGACGGUAUUUAUUCCCACUUCCCGCUAUGUAACUGAUUUCUCUUGAAUAGUUCAUUGAAGAUUCACCACACGCAGAAACUUACACUCAUGUACAGCUUGCGGGACUCGAUGUACAUAAAGUGUUUUUGUCCACGUUAACAAUGAAACAAUAGAGACAAUAUUGAAAGUUCGAAUUCUCAACACUCGGCUGUUGGCCAAUGACCACUGAAUCAUUCAUUAUACUCAGGGAUGUGGAAUGUUUGGUUAAUAUACAAGCUCAAACUAUUUCAAAUGUGAAAUUACAUCUUGUAUACAAUAUAUGCACAUGUGUAUGUUUAGGUUUGCGUGUACUCUAUGUACAUUUGUCACGCUUCUGUUAAUACAUAAGGCAUACGCUGUGUGAAAUAUAAUGUUAGAUACAUAUAGAUGGUUUGUGACUACAAGUUUGUGUUUUAAUUGUGAUGUUAAAAUGAUUUGAUAAAUAAAUUGUAUAUUAUGAA